GUCAACCUGCUGAUGUGAGUAUUCAAAUUGAAAUUCUUAACAUACGCUCAGUGGAUGUAGCUGAAAUGUCCUUCAUAGCCGAUAUAUUCCUAUAUAAAACAUGGAAAGAUUACCGGUUGAUAUAUCCGGCGAAUAGAAACAUUGAAAAAGUUGCACUUCAUCCUGAAUGGAGAAAAUAUCUAUGGACACCAGACGUAUAUUUCCACAACGCUAUUGAAGCCAAGGUGCUAAAUACCGUAAUCCCCUAUGUUUUCCUAUGGUUGAAAAAUGACUCAACUCUUAUUUUUGGAGCAAGGCUAUCUUUAGAGUUUAGCUGUGAUAUGUUGCUUCAUAAUUUUCCUCACGACACUCAGACUUGUGACAUGAUCGUAAAAAGUCUAACCCACACUCUUUCUGAUAUGAAUUUGCACUGGAAUGAGAAGGAUUCCAUAUCCGUGGGAGAUUAUAUUAUUUUGCCACAGUUCGAGUUCUCCACUCCUGUUCCUGCAACCUGUCAAGAAAUUCAUCAAAUGGGGAAACAUGGAAAAUUUGCUUGUCUUCGUGGAGUGAUACAACUUACAAGACGAUCUGGCUAUUAUGUCAUCAAUAUCUACAUCCCAACUAUAUUAAUUGUUUUCAUGUCCAUGCUGACUUUCUGGAUACCCGUCGAUGCAGUUCCGGGCAGAGUGACAUUGGGAGUGACCUCUUUGUUGACUAUCAUCACUAAACAAUAUCAAGCUUCUCUUCCUAGUGUUUCUUACAUUGUGGCGUUAAACAUAUGGCUCUCCGUCUGCAUCGGAUUUGUGUUUGGGGGCCUCCUCGAAUAUGCUGCGGUAGUCGCACUCCUUAAUCAUCAAAAAAGAAUCAUGCCAAAUGCGGCUAAAGGUACAUCACAAGGAUCGGCAUCGCACGGUGGCGAUUGCGAAUAUCUGAAGAAUGCAUUUUUUGCUCGGUUAGAGAAGAUAGAAGUCCAUAACAUUGAUCGGGUUUGUCGUAUAGCAUUUCCUGCUGUAUUUUGCCUGCACUGCAUAAUUUACUGGAUUGUUUAUGCCAAUUGAUUAGAACUGAAAUGAAAACGACAGCCACCAUACUUUCUCAGUGUCUUCGAUAAUUAACAAAUCUAAAUUUAAUGCAGCCAAACUUGAUACUACAUUCGAAUCCUACUAUAGCGAAUCCCACUUAUAGUGAAUGCCAGAUGUAACGAACUUCUUCGUCUCGUCCAGUUUCCUACACACUAUUAAGCCCCAUUUCCAUUAGUGCGGUGCUAACGCGUAGCGUCAUUGGGAGAAACGCAUUCGAGACGGAUGGCCGUUCACACUUCUGCAUUGGGUUUGCGCUUAUAGAAGUUCGGUGGUUAAUUGUAUUUACUACCAUCAGAUGUCUCUGUGUUUAACUUUCGGGAUUUGGACCCUUAAGAUACUCAAAUUCAAUUUUAUUUCUCCUUGUGAAUUGUGAAAGUAAACUAUUCUAGACGUUU